GGAUGAAGGAAGGAACGUAACGUGUGGUCCGAAUAUAACUAGCGGCUUUUAUUUUAUUUUAACACGUACUAAAGGUUUGCGAACGCAAGGAUUUCUUCACUCCGGCGCCGCAAUAACAAGCGGACAGCCAUGGCGCUAUAGCGGCAGCAGAGGCCUGCGGCUCCCCUCAACACCGGCCAGCGCGAGGCAGCAGCACCCAGCGGCGCUCGCAACACCAGGCUCAGCCAUGGCGCUUCUCAAGGCAUCCCACAGCAGCACUGCUGUUUACGAGAAAGAAAGCUCAGAAUCAUCAUCACCAGUCAAAUUUGUAACCCUACAGGAAGAUGAGUUUGUUAAGCGAAGAGAUGCUGUUGGGGGACUUUCUGUCCCCCUUCAACCAGCCGUUUUUGGCGGCUGAAAAAAGUUUGGGUCUCUUGGAGGAUGAUGUUGAGGUGCCCGGGUACCUCCUAUCGCAAGGGUUCUCCAGUGACAAGGCUAAGGAUGGCGUCUCUGACUUGCUGCCUUAUGUUGAAUCCUUAGGCAGUUUUCAUGGGGACGCCUUCUCCGGCAUGGAUUGGAUGGUGGAAAAGAUGGAUCUGAAAGAAUUUGAUUUAGACUCCCUGUUUGGGUUGGAAGAUCUGGAAUCCACUCUCUCACCAGAUGAGCUAACAUCCACAUUGGAAGACUCGUGUGAUUUCCUGGAGGACCCACCUCAUACAGCAGUGAUUGGUCACUUUGUGCCAUCACCAGAACCUGUCUCUCUUCCAGAGUCCCCACUGGAUGCUGAUCAGGUUGCCCCAGUUAGCCCAGACUUAUCAGAGUCUCUCUCCUCAAGCCCAGACCAUUCCUUUAUCUUGGAUUUAGGUAGUGAGGUAGAUGUUGCAGAGGACGAGAAAAAGUCCUCUGCAACAUAUACUCUUAAAAUGCUUAAGUGUGAGAAGGAAGAUUCCUCUGAUAAUGAUAGUGGAAUCAGCAUGAGCCCCUCUUACUUGGAAUCCCCUCAGCAGAGUCCAUCUGUUGCAGAGUGCUAUAGUAGUCCUCAAUCCUCCCUAGCAUCCCCAGUCUCCGAGAGACCCAAACCUUAUGAUCUUCCCUGUAAGGAUAGAGAUGUGAUGGCAAAGGUGAAAGUAGCUGGAGGGCAGCCCAGAGUAGACAAGAAAAAAAAGAAAAUGGAGCAGAACAAAACAGCAGCCACUCGCUACAGACAGAAGAAAAGAGCAGAGCAAGAGGCAAUAUCUGGAGAGUGCCGAGAACUAGAGGGAAAAAAUGAUUCCCUUAAAGAAAAGGUAGAUUCAUUAACAAAAGAGAUCCAGUAUUUGAAAGAUCUAAUAGCAGAAGUUCGACAGGCCAAAAGCAAACGAGGAAAAAGUUCUUGAAUAGGGAACAAAGCUGGAGCGUGUGUAUGUUGUAUAUAGUUCACUUAACGAAUGUUGUGGAAUGUGUCUACUUAAUAAAUUAUUUUCUAGUUA